AUGGCCGACGAGAAGCCCGUCAAGCCUCCCAGGCGACGCUUCCAGGGUCUUUCGGCCAAACGUCGAGCCGCUCCAACCGCCCAAGAAAUCGAAGACGGUGUCGUGGUUGCGCAGGAUAAACCACAGUCGCACGCAGGUCGGCUCGUCAAUCAAAUACCUGAGGACAUCACAGGCGAUGAGCAACUCAAUGAGGCGAUUGCAUUAUUGCCCAAGAACUACAAUUUCGAGAUGCACAAGACCGUUUGGCAUAUUCGCAAAAAUGAGAGUCGACAUGUCGCGCUACAGAUGCCAGAAGGCCUGCUCAUGUUUGCGUGUACCAUUGCCGAUAUUCUCGAGCAGUUUUGCGGUGCUGAGACGCUCGUGAUGGGAGAUGUGACGUAUGGCGCUUGUUGUGUGGACGACUAUACAGCAAGAGCACUUGGAUGCGAUUUUCUAGUGCAUUAUGGUCAUUCGUGCCUGGUCCCUGUUGAUAUCACGACCAUCAAGGCGCUAUAUGUCUUUGUCGAUAUUGGCAUCGAUGUGCAACAUCUCUGCAACACGAUUCGCCGCAACAUGCCAGCUGGAGCUCAUCUUGCGCUUGUUGGUACGAUCCAGUUCGUCAAGAGCAUUCAAACCAUUCGUGCAGACCUCGAAGACCUUGAGGAGAAGUACCACUUCAAGGUGACGAUACCGCAGGCAAAACCCUUGUCUCCAGGUGAGAUUCUAGGCUGUACGGCACCCAAACUAGACAAGAGUGUUGAUGCAAUUAUCUACGUUGGCGAUGGUCGGUUCCACCUGGAAAGUAUCAUGAUUGCCAAUCCGACAGUCGAUGCAUAUCGUUACGAUCCUUACUCUCGCAAGUUCACACGGGAACGCUAUGAACAUGUUGAAAUGCAGCAAAUGCGAAAAGAGGCGAUUGCCAAAGCCAAAAGGGCCACCAAGUUUGGUUUGAUUCUUGGAACUUUGGGUCGACAAGGCUCUCCGAAAGUAUUGGAGAAUUUGGAGCAACAACUUCGCAGAGCUGGCAAGGAGUACACGAUUGUCUUGCUCAGCGAAAUUUUUCCUGCGAAAUUGGCACAGCUCGCGGAUAUUGAAGCUUGGGUCCAAAUAGCGUGUCCUCGGUUAUCGAUAGACUGGGGUUAUGCAUUCGAGGCGCCUUUGUUGUCGCCGUAUGAGUUGAGUGUGGCGCUCGAGACGACUUCUUGGAAGAAAGACUACCCAAUGGACUUUUAUGCAAAUGAUUCCCUGGGUGGUUGGACACCGAAUCACGGUAAGAUGCGACCGUUACGAUCACGACAG